CGCACAGUCAGUUCGGUUCGGGCAGCGCUCGUGUGUAGACUUUGAUAACUAACAGUAUUAAGUGAAUUUGUGUAUUAUCGUGUGAUAAAUAAAAAAAUGAUUUUUGAACCCGUUUCCGUUUCUAAAUGCAAUUUCGCGUUCGCAGUUUUCGUGUUAGCGCUGACUUUGAAGGCGCACGUUGCGGCAGUCGAUUUUCCCGAACCCAUUACGAAAUGUCAUUUCGGCGAUGAGAAAUGUUUACUGGAACAGGCGCACAAGCUGUUAAAAAAAGCCUCCACAGGUGUGCCUGAAAAAGGCAUACCAUCGUUAGAGCCACUGAAGCUGGACAAGAUCGAAAUGGUAGGCGAUAAUAACAAAGCGCUCAAGGUGAAUUUGGUGAUGACCGAUGUAGAGUUUCAUAACUACACCAAAGCGACCGUAACAGCAAUCAAGGGCUUCAGCAAAGAUACCAGUAAACCAAUGAAGAUUGCUUCACAAAACAUCAAUCCACGUAUAACGAUUAAAUCGAAAUACAAAGUUGAUGGUAACAUUCUAGUGUUGCCCAUUAAGGGUGAGGGUGAGAUGACAAUGGUGUUGGAUAAUGUGAAGACCCGGUUUGUGACUACACUGAAAGCGGAAGAGCGUGAUGGCAAACAUUAUUUAAUUGUCGAUAAUAUCAAAGUUGAUAGUCAAGUCGAUAACGUACACACUGACAUGACGAAUCUUUUCAACGGCGACAAAGUACUCUCAGAGAGUCUACUGCAAGUGAUGAAUGAUAAUUGGCGCGUUCUCAGUGAUGAGCUAACACCAAGAAUUAACGGUGCUUUAGGGGAAAAGCUGAAAGAGUUGCUGCUUAAAUUUUUCAACGAUAUACCAUAUGAAGAUUACUUUUUGCCAGAAUAAAAAAAAGUGUGAGGAAAUAGAAUUUGAAGAGAAUUUAAAAUAGAAAAAUUAGAAAUACAGAAAAUUUUAAAAUUU